AUGGAGUUCUACAAGAAGAGGUCUAUGUUGAGUAGCCGGAAGGCUCUCUAUGGUCUAAAACAAGUUCCGAGAGCUUGGUAUGGAGAGAUUGACAAUUACUUCUCACAGUGUGGUUUCAAGAAGAGCUUGAGUGAACCAACUCUGUACAUAAAAGCAAGGGGAGAAGAUAUCUUGAUUGUUUCUAUCUAUGUGGACGAUAUAGUCUACACUGGCAGUUGCAAAUCAAUUCUGGAAGAGUUCAAGGAAUACAUGAAAAUGAAGUAUGAGAUGACAGAUUCGGGACUUCUUCACCACUUCCUCGGAAUGAGAGUGAUUCAAACUAACUCUAGCAUCUUCAUUCACCAGAAGAAGUAUGCAAGUUCUUUACUGAGUAAGUUUGGAUUAAAUGAAGCAAAGACCAUCACAACUCCUCUUGUAGCUACUGAGAAGUUAUCUAAAGAUGAUGGAAAUGGAUCUACGAGUGAGGAAAGGUAUAGAAGCACUAUGGGAAGCCUUCUAUAUCUCACUACUACAAGGCCAGAUAUAAUGCAUGCAGCAAGUUUAUUGGCAAGAUUUAUGCACUGUCCUACCAAUAAACACUAUGGAAUUGCAAAGAGAGUACUCAGAUACAUCAAGGGAACUUUGGAUUAUAGCCUGGAGUAUGUGAAGGGAAGGAAAGCUUGUUUAAUCGGCUUCUGUGAUAGUGAUUAG